UUUCGCUCCGGCAGCCUCCCGCUCGUACUCGGAGCUACAGUCGAGGGUUCUUCCCAGGCCGUGCCGUAGCUGAACUCGGAGGUUGGCGGUCCUCUCUACCUGUUCCUUCUGCUUCCCUUAGACUCGGCUUUUGGAAACUAAGUCUGGUAAUUUCCAGUCGCCAGUCACAGCACACGGAUCCAACAUCUGUGCACCCGUUUUCUCUUGACGGUUUCUUCAUUGAAGACUUAAUCAUCUUUUUGGCAAAGGUGCCUCGGAAUUGGUGUGGCUGAGUCAGCAAGCCCUCAGAUUUGCCGGGUUCUUGUUGUUUGCUAUUCAUAUCAAGAUGGGAACUCAGACAAGUUAUUGCUCCUGAGGAUCUGGUGUCUCCAUCGAGAAGGGACUGUUUGGUGCCAGCCCUUCAGCGAGAGGAGGUCUCCUGGAGGUGCUGGGCAAUGAACCUGAGGCUGCAACCCAGAGUGGUCUGAAGUCUUCAGGGAAAGCAGAAGAUGGCCAUGGCCCCAAGCUUGUCUCUGCCGCAGGUGUAUCCUAGCCCUGUGCUGGUGGCUGUGUGGGAAUGGCAGGAUGGGCUUGGUACUUGGCACCCAUACAGCGCCGCUGUCUGCUCCUUCAUUGAGCAGCAGUUUGUUCAGCAGAAGGGCCAGCGUUACGGACUGGGGAGCCUGGCCCACAGUAUCCCCUUAGGCCAGGUUGACCCUUCACUGGCCCCUUACAUCAUUGACCUCCCCAGCUGGACUCAGUUCCGUCAGGAUACUGGCACCAUGAGGUCUGUGCGCAGACACCUGUUCUCUCAGAAUUCUGCCCCAGGCCAGGGCAUCGUCUGGGAAUGGCUGGGUGAUGACGGAUCCUGGAUAGCCUAUGAAGCUAGUGUCUGUGACUAUCUGGAGCAGCAAGUGGCCCGGGGCAUCCAGGUCGUGGACUUGGCCCCAUUGGGCUAUAACUACACAGUCAACUAUGCCACCCUAACGCAAACCAACAAGACUUCCAGCUUCUGUCGGAAUGUGCGACGCCAAGUGGGGCCAGUUUACCCGGUGACUUCAGUCAUCGCUCCCCCAGGCCAGAUGGGACUUGUCUGCUCUUGCCAACAGUGCCUCCAUGGUAGCGGAACUGGCCCCGUGUCAGGUCGCUACCGCCACUCCAUGACCAACCUGCCUGCGUAUCCUGCCCCCCAAGCACCCCAACGGACCGCCGCUGUCUUUGGGGCCCACCAGGCCUUUGCCCCGUACAAUAAACCUUCACUGUCUGGGGCCAGGUCUGCGCCCAGGUUGAACACCACCAACCCCUGGGGUGCAACACCUCCUACUCCAGGCAGCCAGUCCUUCCUCCACUCCAGCCUCUCCCACCUGGGGCCACAGCUCCCGCCCUCAGGACCGUCCACCUCCAGUGGAGCCAGUGCCUCCUUCCCAAGCGGUCCCUCCUCCAGCAGCCCAGGGAGCGCCCCCACCACUGUGCCAGUGCAGAUGCCAAAGCCCAGCAGGGUUCAGCAGGCACUAGCCGGCAUGACGAGUGUGCUGUCAGCCAUUGGACUCCCUGUGUGCCUUAGCCGCGCACCCCGGCCCACCGGCCCUCCGGCCUUGCAUCCGGCCUCUAAAGGUCACAGCUCAGUUAAGAGGCUGAGGAAAAUGUCCGUGAAAGGUAGUUCCAGGGUGCCUAAGCCUGAGCCGGAGCAGGUGAUCAGAAAGUACACUGAGGAGCUGCGAGUGGCCCCUGAGGAGGAUGGGAGUCUGCAGUGUCCGUCUUGCAAAGCCAUCUAUGGGGAGAAGACUGGGACACAGCCCUGGGGGAAGAUGGAGGUGUUCAGGUUCCACAUGCCCCUGCCGGGCCACGAAGACUGCGGGACUAUCCUCAUUGUCUACAACAUCCCUCACGGCAUCCAGGGACCGGAGCACCCCAGCCCUGGGAAACCGUUCACUGCCCGAGGCUUUCCCCGCCAGUGCUACCUACCAGAUAACCCUCAAGGCCGAAAGGUCCUGGAGCUUCUGAAGGUGGCCUGGAAGAGACGACUCAUCUUUACUGUGGGGACUUCCAGCACCACGGGUGAGACUGACACAGUGGUGUGGAAUGAGAUUCACCACAAGACCGAGAUGGACCGGAACCUGACAGGCCAUGGCUACCCAGACCCCAACUACCUGCAGAACGUGCUGGCUGAGCUGGCUGCCCAGGGAGUGACCGAGGACUGCCUUGAGCAGCAGUGACCCUUCAGGCCUGCCUCUGUGGACCACCCUAACAGCCCCUGAUUGGGCGGGCAGGAGGGUGUGUCUUUGUUGAGAGGCAAGAAUGUUUGUUGGGGUACAGGAUUCAGCCCCUCUUGGGGCUUCUUGCCUCUGCUGCCACCCUCCUAUUUGGGCUAGCGUCUGCCUGGAGAGUGGGCACCCUCAGUAUUGUACUUGUGGAGGCUUACGCUGGAGCUACCUCAGUACACAGGUGGGAACAGCCCUUCCAGCCUCAGGCCGGCUGGUGACCCAGCAAGGGCUGAGCAGGGCCUACCCUCCCAGCUUCUGGUCAGCUUCUCAUACCUCAGAUUUUAUUUGCAAUAAAGAUCCUAUAGCCAA